GUUUAGUGGUCCGUGAGUCGUAUCGCGAUAUCGAUCCGAAAUUCCGACAUCGUGCGGGCUUACAGCAAAAAUUCACGUGAAAAUUCAUGAAAAUUUCGGUGAUAAAACAUGUCUGUUUCCCAUGGUACUAAACCAAAGAUUUGCCGAAUACCAACCUUGAAAAGAUAUAUCCCCCAAGUCGUACCUCAAACUCUAGACAUCAAACCGCCCUCCACCACCUCCGUGAUCACUAAGGAGCAUGUGGGAAGCAACGUGCGAGUGGGUGAGAAAGAAGGAAUUUUACGCUACGUGGGAGAAGUAAAUUUUGCCAAAGGAAUUUGGUGCGGGGUGGAACUUACGAAUUCUUUCGGAAAAAAUAAUGGAACCGUCAAUGGGGUGCAAUACUUUACUUGCGACGAGAAUCGAGGAUUAAUUACACAAGCGUAUAAAGUGGAACUGGUGCAGACUAGUCCGGAGAACGUAUCUGGGCCUUAUUCGAUUUUAUGCUUUGCACAGCAAUCUUUGACUGAUAAAAAGACUAAUAAUUACACUUACGAUGCAAAGGUGCAAAAAAAUCAAAACUGCACCAAUAGUGAUUUAAAUAAUAGAGAAAAAAGGGAGUGUAGACCAUUUGUCUUGUAUAGGAAGCAAGAGUUGGCUUCCAGCAGCAUCACUCAAUGCUCAUUAUCAAGCAUUAAUAAAGCAUCUUCUACCGAAGAUUUAAAACAUAACUCUAUUGUGAACGAUAUAAUCCUAAAACGAACCUCGACACUUUCAGCCGAAAAUCUUCUCGCAUUGAAUUACAGACUUAAAAAUAAAUCUUACAAUAAUCCUUUGGAUCAGUCAAUAUUCCAAACAAAAAAACAUAGUACAUCUGCACCAUUUAAACCGAACAGCGGUCUAUGCGACCUAAUAAAAUGGAGAAUAAAUGAAAUCGGAGCCGAUAAUAACGAUACCAAAGAGUUCAAAAGAGAUUCCCUUGAUGGUGAAUCUCUCGGUAUCCUAACACCUGAUCAAAUGAUCGAUACAUUUAUUUCAUUUGAGGCAAUUAAUGUAAAUUCAUUAGGCGAUAGACAAAAUGAAACGUUCGCGCCAAACUCGUCGAAAAAAAGCCAGAAAUGUUUAUUUCCAAACGUGAAAAAAUCUGACUCUAUUUACCGGGACCUACAAAGUGAAAAUAGUAAACGCGACUCUUUGGAUUAUGAUAAGUCGGUCACCAUCCUCACGUCGGAACAAAUGGUCGAUUUUUCGGAGUUAACCCUCGACGAAAAUUGGACUUUAAGUAACAACUGUUCGGCUUUAGUAGAACAUAAGUCAAUAGAUUUUCGAUGUGAGGAUACACCCUCGCCGGAGGAGUUACCUUUAGACCCCACUCCUAUAGGGCAACUAGAACCUUUAAAAAAUACGAAAAACGAAACCACAAAAUCGAAGACCAAUAAUAGUUUUAUUACCAGCAUUACUAGCAUCACCAGUCUGGAUACUGGAUACCAAGGUGAUGGGGAGAUGUCACGACCCGCUAGUAGAGGCGCAGACAAUUCUCCGUUGACCAGGAGGCCGUUUCCGCGACCUGUUACCCGGAAACCGGAUCCUUUGACCGACUCCGACUUUUAUACCGAAAGUGACGCGGACAAUCACGAGGACAAUCACGUGAAGGGCGAUAGAAGGGCCCAAGUGAUCGACGGAACCCUUUAUAGUGUCGAUCCGCAGGCCGCCGCCGAUAUUUAUGCCAAUAAUAGAGAAAACAUGGACUCGAGUGGCGUCUUCACGGAUUUGGAAUCCGGGAUAAGACACGAUGACGAGUCGAAGGACGAGGUGAUCGUUAAAACCGUGGACGUUUCCCCAUCUGACAGCACCAAGACGAUCUCCGAAAAUAGCCAGAAUAACAUUCGCGAGGUUCUACAAAAAGUCCCGAAUAUCAACGAUGUGGCAACCCACGGAGCCCUCGACAAGAUUGUCCAGGAAAGCUCGAAAAAACGAAACGCGCCCAGUCCGUCCAGUUUGUCCUCUUCCAGAGAUCUUAAGGAGGAAAGUGUCGCGAAGAAGUACAAAACUCCCAAAAGAGAUGUCGCCUCGAAGGUGAAAAGUUUUCUAAACGAUUCCGUGGCCCUACAGGAGAAAAAGUUGGUGAAAAAACCCGUGAACCGAUGGGACGCAGUGAUGAACAAAAUUUCCAAAACCGACCAAAAUAAGACGAACCUAAAAGACAUUAAGUCGAAGGUUUUCGAUAAUUUGAACGGUUCUUCCAAGGAGUAUGACGGUGCCAAGAAGUCGCCGUUGCAUAUUGGAACUCCAAAUAAUAAAAAUCGUAGGAUUCGUACCAGGAAUCUCCACGCGGCUUCACCUCUGAAAAAAUCAAUCACGAGUAACCUGCAAAGCAGCAUUCACAGUUCCCUGAGCGAUUUGAGCGCUUCGGGACUACCACCUAAGAAGUCUUCCAGCUCCGUGAAAAAGCGAGAGAACAACAUACAAGUCACCCAGGUGCUCACUCCGAACAAGUUAUCAACUAAAAACCAACAAAACUUAACUGAAAGUAAGAAAAAUGCAAAAAACAUCAUUGGGUCGCCGACAACUGUGCAGAACAAGGCGAGAUUAAAAAAAGGUAGUCCCUUGUUCGCAGGAAAAGAUGCGAAGCAACAAUCAAACAUCUUAACAGAAUCGACGAAUAAGUCAACGGUGAAGGGGGGCCGCACGACGCCUAACACCGUCUCCCGUUCUCCCGCCCUUAAGAAGUUGACGACGCCGCCUUCGCCGCCCCCACGGACCGCCGAAGCUCUCGCUGUUUUGGUGCAACAUCUCGUGUUUAAUGUCGAAGCUUAUCAAGUACCGCACCUGAGGCGCCAAGUAGAAAAACUAGAGUUAGCGUUAGAAGAGUGUAGACUAAAUUAUAACACUGCCAUAGAGGAGGAAAGAAACAAUUGCCAAAGAUACGUUUCCGAACUGGUUGAGGAGCAUAAGAAACAAAUUGCACAUAUUACUACAGAACAUUUAGAAGCUCACAAAAAACUAACAUUAGAAAAAGACUCCUUGGAGCAUCGUUUAACUGAAAAACACGACGAACAACUUAGUAUUCUGCGUAAGGAGUUAGAGAGACUUCAAAAGUCCCAUGAAGGUGCUUUGGAUAUUCUUAGGGAGGAGCAUGAUUGCAUGAGAGAGCAGAUUGACGAGAAACUGAGGAAGGAGUAUAAGACUAAUGAGAUUAAAUUAAAGGAAGAGAUUAAAGUACUUAAAACUAAAAAUAGUAAAUUGGAACAUCAACUAAAAAAAACAGAAAAUAGUAGCAAAGAAGUCCAAGAAAAACUUACUGAUUAUAUUGAGGAUAACAAGAAACUCAGGGAGCAAAAUGACCGAUUACUUAGCUACGGAGACGAUAAAGAUGUGGCAAAACAAGAAGUGCAGUCGUUAAGGGCAGUCCUGGAACUGAAACAGACCGAACUGGCCAAACUAAGAAAAUCCCUGGACGAAUCCAGAUACAAGCAGGAAGUCUUAAGCGGGGCAGAGGAAAUGGCCGCCACCCUACAAGCGCGAUGCGAGGACCUGGAACAUCAGCUCCAACAAAGGGGCGAAUCGGAACAAUCGUUGAAACAAGACAUCCAGCGAUUACAAACGUACAUUAAAGACCAAAUGAAUUACUCUCGUACGAUUUCGUUGCAAAACGAGGAGCUGCGGUAUAAACUGCGACAGAACGCGCAGGUCCUCAAUAAAGUGAUCGACGAGAAGUCCUUUAAUCGAUCGGUGAUUUACAGUUCGAGUUUUAACGAGAGGCACAACGCCUCCAAGUCUCUGGAGAGGGCGUUUAGCUUUAGGGAGUCCUCGUCCAAUAAUUCGCAGAACAGGGUGUCGAGGAACUCGUCGGUGUUUGAUGAGGACGAUCUUUCACCUCCGUCUUCGCCAAAGGUAAAGGGUGUGGUGGAGAAGUCCGACUCGGUCAGUUACGUGCUGAAUUUGGACGAAAGUCCCGAUCAAGUGGUUUCCCGGAUUUUACGUCGAAGUUUCCGGAACACGACCCCGACCAAGUCGACAUCGAACAAGAGGCCGAGGUUCAGGACGAAUCCGCUUAGCUUGAGCGCGUCCAGUAGCGCCAUCGUUCCUGCGUGCCAGGAGGAUUCCAGACGAUCCAGGUCGGUUUCCGCGAGACACGCGGACGACGGCGACGACGUGUUCCUCUGGAACCACGACGAUCACGGCACUAGUUCCACCCCAAAACUGAGUGAGAAAGAACGCCUGGAUCUGGACGAAGAGAACCUGGACGUCGAUCUGGAGCUGCCAGCGCUCCCCAACGAAAUGGACAAGAGAAACGGCGUCCUGACGUUGCCGAGCCCGAAACGUUUGGCGGACAGCGACAGUAACUCUGAAGAUGACGUAGAUGACGAGGACGAAAUUACCAGCGGCUCGUCGCAACUCUGAAACGAGAUGUACUUUUAUUUGUGUUUUUUCGUCGACGAGGAGUUUUGAGAGGGUGGGGGGGGGGGCAAAAUUUGAUAAAUGUGAUAAAACAGGUAUUACUUAUUCGGUGCGAAAAGUGCGAGCAAUUUGAAAUUUUGAGUGGCUAGAUAGGAAGUAGCGUUUGAAGUUAUAUAGAAGGAUAUUAUGGAAACCUUUUCGCAAAGUCACACACGAGUACUAAUUUAGUAAAAUGAAAUUUAGGUGAUAGUUGGAACUGAGCUCUUUGUUAUGUGUAAUGUUCAAAAUUUGUCUUUGUUGAUUAUGUUUUUUAGUGUUACGACAAAUAUAUUAUGACAGAGAAUUAUUUAACAUAAGACGUUUAUUCUUGUGAGAAAAUUUAAGCAUAAUACAGGGUGUACCUCCAGGAACUAUUUUAAUAGAAAUAGGAAUAUUUGGCACCGUAGGUAGAUAAAUGUAUAAUGUUCUAUAUUUACACAUAUUUUAAAUUCAAAACAAAUCUUAAACUCUGCCUACGGUCAAAUAAUUGUAAGAGGACAUUAAAACAAUUUCUGAUAUAGUAUACAUUUCUUAGUAUCUUUAAACCUUAUUUUUCUUGUAUGUUCCUACCUCGUUGCCAAAAGUUUCCUAUUUAUAAUCACCCUGUAUAUGUACGUUAUUUUGGGGUUUUUUUGGACCACUGUAUUGCAAAUAAAUUAUAUUAAUUUGUUUGUGCUAACUAUUUUAUAAUAUGUGACUUUAUAUACUUUAUGGUGGAUGAUAGUAAAUGUUAUUGAUAUUUAAGUUUUAUAUUUUGAGCGACACAAGUUUUGUGAUUUAGUAUACAUUCAAAUAAAUAUAAUAAUUCUCGAGUUUUUGUUUAGUAAUGUUGUAAAGGCCAAAGGAUUUUUGUAUUUAGUUUUUUUAUUUAAUAAUCCUUUUGUCGAGUUUGCUGUUUAUUAUGUAUUGUAUUUGAGACGUAGUUCUUUGGUUAUACUUUCUUAUAUAGUUUUUAAUUUUAUUAUAAAUAUGUCUUAAUAAUAAAUAUCACGGUUUUAUUAAUUUA